ACAAUGAAAAUGGCGGCUGAAUCAUGGAAAAGAGUUGGUACAUGACAUCAAGCACGAAUUUGUGGCUUGUCUAUCAACGAAAACGAUUUUCGUAGAAUGAUUUUUACGCUCAAAGAAGUCAUAAAAUGGCUGGGACUAUCGAUCUUCGAGCUGUGGCUUCAUAUAGUGGCAAUUUUUGUAUUUUCAGUUCUGGUUGCCGUGAAAUUGGAAGGCGGAACUUUAUCAUGGUGGACAGUGUUUGUUCCUUUGUUUGUGUGCGAUGGAUGCGUGGCUUACUUCACAGCUAUCGUUUUCAUAAGACUCUGUUUGAUAGGUGAUCGACGUUUAGCGGGAAAAAGAACGGCGUGGAGCUUAUUACUGUUAACUUUGUUGUUAAGUUAUAAGAUACUUCUCUGUCAUCGACUUGAAAACUACAUUGUUAGAGAUUAUGCUGUUAUACACGUUCCCCUGUUCCUUCUCUUAUUGGUCCUCGCUGUACGAGCUUGUCAAGUCGACUGCUAAUGAUCGAAGUGAAAUACUCCAAGUCAGCAUGAUCAUACGUUCGAACUUCAUAUUACUAGCACAGCCACAUCACGUGAUGAAAUACAGAGGGCAACACGGCGAUCUAUUGACAUUCGUAGAUGUAGAAGUUGAAGUCAAGGUACCAUCCAUGCAUGCGAUCUCGACAAAUACAAAUAUCUGAUUCGCGCAUUUAAGUAAUUGUGACCACAUUACUCUGUACAUUGAAACGCGUUAAACGGAAAAUUGUCAUUAGAAAACAAUGUAUAGGUUACCGGCUAUGGAUUUAUUUGACAGCUGUCCAUUUAGAAAGCUGAAAUCGAGGAAAUGCGUUGUUUCCAUUUAAAGUUAGUCGUGUACAUUUGCCAAAAUAGAGUUAAAUUGAAUUAAUAAAAUUUUCAACACAGGAAAGUAACAAAUAAAGUUUGUAAAUAGA